CAAUGUUUGAGAAGGGGGAAAAAUCCUGUAACCUCAAUUGCAGCUGAAGAAGGGAGUCUGUCCACCUGGUCCCAGCAUUCCAGAUCUCGACGUCGGAGGACUUCGAGUUCCAGACAUGAAGAUCGAAAACCUUCUGAGGUGUUCAGAACGGACCUGAUCACUGCCAUGAAGUUACAUGACUCGCUCCAGCUGAACCCCGAUGAAUACUGUGUGCUGGCAGACCCUUGGAGGCAGGAGUGGGAAAAGGGAGUUCAGGUGCCAGUUAGCCCAGGGACCAUCCCGCAACCAGUAGCCAGGAUUGUGUCUGAGACGAAAGCCGUCACAUUUACGCGUCCCAGGAAGUAUAUUGUCUCCUCAGGUUCGGAGCCUCCAGAGCUAGGAUACGUUGACAUUCGAACCUUAGCAGACAGUGUGUGUCGCUACGAUCUCGAUGAUGUGGACGUAGCGUGGCUGCAGGUUGCCAAUGAAGACUUCAAAGAAAUGGGGAUGCCUCAGGUGGCUGAGUACACGAUGGAAAUGGUCAUAGAGGAGUUUGAACAACGUUGUUACGAUCACAUGAAUCACGCUAUUGAGACGGAAGAAGGACUUGGCAUUGAAUACGAUGAAGAUGUUGUCUGUGACGUCUGUCAGUCUCCAGAUGGAGAAGAUGGCAAUGAAAUGGUGUUUUGUGACAAAUGCAAUAUUUGUGUGCACCAGGCAUGUUACGGGAUCCUGAAGGUGCCGGAAGGCAGCUGGCUGUGCAGGACCUGCGCGCUCGGCGUUCAGCCCAAGUGUUUGCUGUGUCCCAAGAAGGGUGGUGCCAUGAAGCCGACCCGGAGUGGCACAAAGUGGGUCCAUGUUAGCUGUGCUCUCUGGAUUCCAGAGGUGAGCAUUGGAAGCCCAGAGAAAAUGGAGCCCAUCACAAAGAUUUCUCACAUUCCCAGCAGUAGAUGGGCACUGGUGUGCAGCCUUUGUAAUGAAAAAGUUGGAGCAUCUAUACAGUGUUCUGUGAAGAACUGCAGAACAGCCUUUCACGUCACCUGUGCGUUUGACCGUGGCUUGGAGAUGAAGACCAUACUGGCAGAGAACGAUGAGGUGAAAUUCAAGUCGUACUGUCCCAAGCACAGCUCCACCAAGAAAGUAGAUGACGAGGCUUUUGGUGAAAGCCCGGGCCAGGAGAAUGGGAUGAGAAUUCGGGACAGCUCUCUUCCUGCCCACAUCGACCCUUUCCACAGCAUGGAUCAAAACCAGGAGGAGGCUCACAGGGUCAGCCUCCGCAAGCAGAAGCUCCAGCAGCUGGAGGAUGAGUUCUAUACGUUUGUUGAGCCUUUGGAAGUGGCCAAAGCGCUAGCGCUGCCCGAGGAGCUGGUGGACUUCCUUUACCAGUACUGGAAGCUGAAGAGGAAAUCCAACUUCAAUAAGCCUUUGAUUACCCCAAAGAAGGAUGAAGAGGACAAUCUGGCUAAACGGGAGCAGGAUGUUCUGUUCAGAAGGCUGCAGCUCUUCACACACCUCCGGCAGGAUCUAGAGCGGGUGCGCAAUCUCACUUACAUGGUGACCCGGAGGGAAAAAAUGAAGAGAUCUGUUUGCAAAGUUCAGGAACAGAUAUUUAAUGCCUGCGCAAAGCAGUUGGAACAAGAAGGAGUUUCAGGCGUGUCAUCCUCCUUCUCCUCACUGGAAAGCGCUGUGCUGUUCAACAGUCCGUCUCUGGGCCCCAAUGCCCCCAAGAUAGAGGAUUUGAAAUGGCAUUCUGCAUUCUUCAGGAAACAGAUGGGCACAUCUCUAACCCGCUCUUUGAAAAAGUCACACAAGAGAGAGAGAGUAAGAAACAGCCCCGGGAACGACAGCAAAUCCCUGCUGAGGCAGCCCAGCCAGAGGGAAGGCAGUGCAGCUCCAGGUACCUUUAUAAAUUUUGACAAGACCUUUGCAGAAACACGGAUUGUAUCAGCACCGCAAAAUAACGGCACAGUUAUACCAGACCACGGAAAAAGAGGAGACAGUCGUUCACAGGGUGAGGUGAUGAAGGCAGAACUAAAGGAAAAGACUUCUAAACACAACCAUAAACCACUGAGACCCACAGAACUCUCUCAGAGGCAGUCGGAAAAUAAAAGGGCUGUGAAUCACUCCAGUGGUAGGUCAGCACCUGGUACGCGGAGGGAUAUGGUGCCUACAUGCAACGGUGGUCUUGUCAAAGCACACUCUCACCAGACAGUAGUUAAAGUGCCUACGAUGCCCACGAGCCCAGUGAAAAACUGGGGUGGAUUCCGAAUUCCAAAGAAGGGGGAGAGGCAACAGCAGGGCGAGAGCCCGGAGACGUGCCGCCAGAACUCCAGCUACCCCUGCCUGGGUGUGGGCAGAGUUUCACCCAAGGACAGGGCAAAACGCAAGCGGAAGCUUGACAACGAGAACGACGGGUACACCCCCGAUGCCGAAAUGAGUGACUCGGAGCCGGAAGUGGCUGAAAAGAAGUACAGGCAGCAGAGGCUCAGUCCCAGCAGCACUAUCAGCCGAAGGACUGACAUUAUUCGAAGAAGCAUCCUGGCAUCCUGA